CUAGACGCACCUCGACCGUCCAACACCACCACCUAGCCCCCUGCCCCACCUCCCCACCUCCCAGCCCCAGCCUACUCCAUCCACACAAUCUGCCUCGGCCGCCAGACACCUUCCAAAACAGGUCCACUUCUCAUCGAGAUAGACCCAUGGACCCGCCAUACUCGGCCAGCAGCGGCGGCAGCGGCAGCAGCAGUGCCCGCCACCACCUCUUCAACUCCCACCAGCUCCCGCCACCCUCCCAGCUCCUCCCCUCCGCCCGAUCAGGCCCCGGCGGAGCGAACAACAACAUCACCCUGCCCCCGCUGCAGGGCUCCCCCGGGCAGCGUGUGUACGCGAGCCCGUACCUCAACCGCCUGCCCUCGCCGCUGAGCAGCACCAGCGCCUCGAGCGCGGCGUGGCCCGGGCACCGGCGGGACUCGGACGGAUAUCACCACUCGUCGAGCUACAGUGCGCACGGACACCCGUCGCCGCACCAGCAGCACCACUCGCCGCACUCGUCGAGCUACUCGUCGCACCGGCCGUCGCUGUCGCAUUCGUCGUAUUCGCAGCACGAGGGCCACUCGGACAGGCGUUCUUCGCAGCAGCAGCAUGCGCCUCCGCCGCCGCCGCCUCCCCAGCAGCAGCAGCAGCAGUCGCAGCAUUUGAAGCGCGAGCCGAGUAUGAGCAGUAUACGUCAGUCGCAAGCGACGGCGCCUACCACCCCGACACAGCAGCAGUCGCAGCAGCAGCAGGCGGCAAGAGGGGAAGGCGGGGACGAUGGGAUGCCCGCGACGAGCGAUUUCGUGAAGAAGUUGUACAAGAUGCUCGAAGACCAGGCCUACGCAGAGGUUGUCUCGUGGGGGCCGAACGGGGACUGCUUCGUCGUCAAGGACAUGAACGAGUUCACAAAGUCGAUUCUGCCGCGCAUGUUCAAGCACUCGAAUUUCGCGUCGUUCGUGCGGCAGCUGAACAAGUACGAUUUCCACAAGGUGAAGAACACGGAUGACAACCAGUUUGGCGAGCAUAGCUGGACAUUCAAACACCCCGACUUCCACGCCGACCGGCGCGACGCGCUCGAGAACAUCAAGCGCAAGGUCCCCACUGCGCGCAAACCCGCGCCCGCGCAGACUACACCCACGUCCUCGCAUGGCCCUACCUCCGCUCCCAUCGCCGCGCUCGGCGGGGCGUACGCCAACGGGCGCUCGUCGUCGCCCGAGGUCGAGGCCCUUCAGGCGCAGGUGGACGCCCUUCGCGGGGCAGUGGACACGCUCGGCGCGCGCAAUGAGGGUAUGCGCAUCCGCAUGGAGGGGCUUAUUGGUGAGGUCGACCGGUUGCGCUCGCGGGGUGGGAGCGAUGGCGGUGGCGGUGGCGGAGGCGGAGGCGGAGGGAGCGUAGAUCAGGAGGCGCGGGUAGCGGUUCUGGAGGGCAAGUAUGGCGAUAUGCUUUUGGAGAUUGUGAAUUUCCAGCGGAGCCUUGCGGCGCAGGACUCGUUGAUGCAGAACCUGAUUCAGUAUUUCCUGAUGCAGGAGAGUGCAAAGGGAAAGGGCGACGCGUCUGCUGGCUUGGACCCGACGCGAGGACAGAGUCGGACACCGAGUCUGGCGAGCAUCGCGCAGCAGCAGCAGCAGCACUCGCAGUCGCACCAGGCUCUUACGCCAACCCUUGCCGCGGCAGCAGCAGCUGCCGCCGCCGCUGCCAACGCAUCCGGCCAUUCUCAUGCGCAGAGCGGCGCCCAGUCUUAUGCGUCGCAUGCUCAGCGUAGUCAACAGCAUCAGCACCAGGCGCAGCAGCAGCAGCAACAACAACAAUACGCGCAACAACAGCAGCAGCAGCAGCCACAAAGCCAGCCUCGCGGCGGCCCGGGCCAUACGGGGCCAGGCCCAGGCGCGAUGCAGCAGACGCACCCGUUCUUGCCCGCGCAGGAGACGCAGCGGAUUAUGAUGCGCAACGAGGACCAGGAGCAGAUUGCGCAGGCGAGUUUGCUGGGUAUGAAUGAGCUGUCGAGGCGGGCGGAGAAUGCGGGGAUGACGUUUUCGAUUGGGCCGCAGGGGAUUGCGGUGGGUGCGCAGGGGCAGGAUGGGGAGAUGGGCGAGGAGGAUGAGGGGAUGGGGGCGCAGGCGCAGGCGCAGGGAGGGGGGCAAGCGCAGGGAGAGGGACAGGGACAGGGACAGGGAGGACAAGGGCAAGGGCAGGGAGAGCAGGCGCAGGCGCAGGGGAUGAUGAUGCAGCAUGAUACGGUUGCGCAUAUUGGCGAUUUGCGGCUGCAGACUGCGCGGCCUGUCAAUGGGGACGGGGCGAGUGGUGCAGAGCCGGCGUUUUCAUCGGGCGAUGUGCCGUUCAUCCUCCCGCCUGACAUCGCGUGGAACCUCCCUGGGUCGAUGAUGCACAACGGUUCGGCGUCCGCGCACGCUGCGGCGGCGGCGGCGGCACAGGCGGCUGCGGCUGCGGCCGGCGAAGGGCUGAAGAUGGAGCCGGGCCAUGAAGGGCUGCAGGUGUUCACGCUGGGCCAUCUGAUGCCGCGCGGUGCGGCAGGCGGCGACGAGAACGGGAACUGGACGUUCGAUCCGAGCGUGCUGCAGAGCAGCGGUAUGGCCGCUGCCGUGCAGGCUGCGUACGGGAGCGGGAGCGGUGUCGAGGGCGAGGACGGCGCGGACGGCGGGGAGGAGGACGGGGAUGAGGACGGGAAGGAGGGGAGUCCGGGGCCGGAGGAGGUUGUUAGGCCGACGAUGUCGAAUCCGGGUGCGGCUGCUGAUGCUGCGGCUGCUGCGUCGUCGUCGGCUGGUGCGGGUGGGUCGGGCUCGGGGGCAGCGGGCGGGGCGGGCGGGAAGAGGCCGAGGCUGCGCGUGAGGCGGUCGACGUUUGUGCCUGGGUGGGCGGUGCCGCCGCGGGUGCUGCUCGUGGACGACGAUGCGGUGAGCCGCCGGCUGAGCAGCAAGUUUUUGCAGGUGUUUGGGUGCACGAUUGAUGUUGCGGUGGAUGGGGUGGGUGCGGUGAAUAAGAUGAAUUUGGAGAAGUAUGAUUUGGUGUUGAUGGACAUUGUGAUGCCAAAGUUGGACGGUGUUUCUGCGACGUCGAUGAUUCGGCAGUUUGAUCAUAUGACGCCUAUCAUCUCGAUGACGAGCAAUUCGAAGCCGAGCGAGAUUAUGAAGUACUAUUCACAUGGUAUGAACGACAUCCUUCCAAAACCGUUCACGAAAGAGGGUCUAUUGGAUAUGCUCGAGAAACACUUGAUGCACCUCAAGGUCAUCCAAGAGAUGGCUCGUGUCCCUCGCUCCGUUGGCGUUCCUCCGCUCUCCGACUCUUCAUUCAACGACGCCCUCGCGGCCGGCGCAGCCGCGCUCACACAGCAAAAUCCACAGCAACACAGCGGCAUGGUCAACGGUGGCAUGCAGCCUUUCCCCGCGUUUGGCGAAGAGGACGGGCGGAUCAACCCGCUCGCGGGCAUGGGCCUCUCGGACGAGCAGUAUCAGGCCAUCCUGCGCGAGAUGGUCGCCGCGGAGACCUUCUCAGGCGUCUCUAUGCCGGAGGGCUUCCUCAACCUUACGGGCAUGAACGGCGGUAUGAGCACGAGCAUGGGCGGCGGUGGCGAGAAGCGCGGGCUCGAGGACGACGGGGACAAUAUGCGCGGAGGCAAGCGGGGGCGGUUUGAGAUCAUCGAGUGAGCGGAUCAGGUGCCUCUUUCUCCCCCUCUUUCGACCUUGGGUAACACAUAUACACGCGGGAGGAUAACUCGGACCCUUGUUCUAUCUGCUUUUCCUCACGUUCAUCGUCCGCUGGUUCAUUAUGGGCAUGUCCGCAUCCUUGUAUGUUCAUCACGCGCUCCCCACUGCUUUCGUAUGUUGUCAUCUCUUGCUUGCGAUCCGAUGUACGAGUGCAUUCACGCUCCGCUUACCACUCACUGUCCCCCGUACCCUACUCACCGUUUUCCUACAACCGCGUAUCCUCCCACACACCCACUCCGUUAUUCGGGUCCUCAAAUCUUCCUCCCUCUCUCCAUAACCGUCUCCCUUCCAUUUUAAUUCUGCUGAUCCCAUUCAAUGCUUGCUCGUUCCUGUUCCACGCACUUACAUAUUUACAUUCAUCGUCUCGGCUCUCACACACGCAUCUCGGCCACAUGUCUGUAUCGUAUCGUAUCACGAUCAAGUUAUCACUUAUCCAUUUAUCUGCUUAUCCGCUUAUCCGCUUAGCCAAUCUUAGCUACUACUUUGCUCGUUUCCGAGAUGUAUCUCUACAGACUUCAAUCUCCUAUUUGUUUGUCUUAUGUUGCUUAAAGUCUUGGUUUUGCACAAAUUCUGAUAUAUAUGCAAUGUCAG